UUGCGCGAUGACGUCAGACGCAACCUAUGGGGGAUCACGCGAGGAAGACGCAAAGAGGGCAGGGAAUUGAAACUAAAUCCAGAGGCGAACAAAGUCCAGGAAAGCGGAGAAACGCCGACAGACGUUCGCGGAAAGAGGGGUGCAGGGCAAAUUUGCGGCAAGUUACGCAGAAUCCUGUCGGUAUUCGUACAAAAUUUUCUACAUAUACACGUACACACGCUGGUGGUAUAUGUGUGGCGCCGUCAGCGGAGCAUGGACAACAACACUAAGCGGACCGUGGUGGUGACAGGUCUUAGGCAGGCAGUGUUAGAGACAAGGAAGGAAGGCAGCGGGCUGCUCCAGACACAAAAAGCCCCGUGGAUGCCGGACGGCCGGACGGCCGGCGGGUGGGCCUGGCCUGGCCUGGCCUGGUUUGGUCUGGUCUGAGCUGCGCCGACACAUAAAAGAUGCUCAUUUCCUGGGAACGCUGAGGAGCAGCACAAAGGAUGUGUGACAGGCAGCUGCAGACUGCCCUCUCCCCUGCAGCCUUCCCCUGAGCCUCAGACAGAAAAGAAUAGACCAUCAAUUUUAGGGGCAUAGUGACAAGUCAUUCUAUACAGACAUUCUGCUCUUCUCACACACCCUCCACAGGGUAUUUCAUGUGAUUGUGCACAAAGGAAAGCGUGCCCCACAUUGUGGUAUACCUGCACUUUACCCAACGUUUUAUGUCUCGCUUAUAAGUUACUUAGUGACUCAAUUCUAGAAUUUCCUGCAGUUUGUACUCUCCUGCUUUUGUGUUGCACUGUUUUGUAAUGACUUUACAGCAGAUUUUGUGGUGUUUUUUCUUAAGUUAUGAUUGUUUAGUGUGUUGGUCUUCAUUAUAAUCAUUGCAGUCUUAAGUUCAGUUUCUGUACUUCUACAGUAUUUCUUGCUUUCAAGCCAUUGGAUAUGGGACAAAGGACCACAUUCUCUAAUUUUAUAUUACACCCCACCUGAAGUUCUGAUAUUAAGGCGUUAACCCCAAAGAAACAGAUGUUUAAACAUUAACAGAAGCACACGAAGUCUUAUUUCAGCAGAGAUAAGUUUUGGUCCCUUUGGAGAACACACUAUCAAUGCCAGCUGGGUGGCAGUGCAGGUUUGAAGAGGUACAGCAUUGGCCAGACAAAAAGGCAAUCGGAAGGUGAAGGGAUAAUAAAGAUAAACUGUAGAUUAAGAUUUUGAAUUCAGACUUGAGAAUCAAGGAAUACAUGCAGAUGAGUCACUUGUAGUCAUUGCAUGAUGUGUCUUUCGAAUGUCUGGGAACUGAAGAAACUGGGCCUGGGCCAUGAUGUGGACCUGUAUGUCUAUGAGGUUCCUGUCGAGUACCAGACUGUCCAGAGUCUGGUGCCAUCGCUAUGGAAUCAGUACCACCCACAACUUGUGGUCCAUGUGGGACUCUCAGGAAUGGCUACCACUGUGACCCUUGAGAAAUGUGGGCACAACUACGGCUACAAGGGCCUCGACAACUGCAGCUUCUGCCCCGACUCUCAGUGCUGCAUCGAAGGGGGGCCUGACUGCAUUGAUUCUGUCAUCGACAUGGACUCUGUCUGCAAAAGGGUCAGUGCCUCGGGGCUCGGAGUGGCUGUAUCCGUGUCGAAAGAUGCGGGCAGGUACUUGUGUGACUACACCUACUAUACAUCGCUGUACCUGAGUCAGGGACGAUCAGCCUUCGUGCACGUGCCCCCUCUCGGAAAGCCCUACAGUGGGGAGGACCUGGGCCGUGCCCUGCAGGCCAUUGUGCAGGCAAUGCUGGACCUGCUGGCCCAGUCCGAGGAUAAGAUUCACUGUCAGCAUGGACAUUAAGUGAUUCUUAGUCACGAACAGCAAAGUCCAGCCUCCAGCAAGUCCAGCACAUGGCCUGUCACAAGGAAUUUUACUUAAACACAACCAGCCCCCCCUUUUUUUUGGUUUAUUCCUAUACAAGCUUCUGUUCUUUCAACAUCCUUUCUCUUGCCAUAUGAUUAUAAGGCCAAGUGAGCAUCAGGAAGGACAGGAAGAUGCAAGAGAUGAGGGUUUGCAGAUUUCUUUUCCAUCUCAGAUUUGGCACAGGUGUGCUUAUCACCAUGACAACAGGACAGUUUAUAUUGUAUAGAUCAGAGAAUGUCCAUAAGGAUACUAUACAACUGGGCCGGAAUGGAGUCCAACAAGGAACUUAGCACUACAGUAUGCUGUCAUUGUGGUCUUGGGUAGAUGGUGUCUUAAUGUGCCAUAGCAACACUGUAUCCCCAGAGGAAUAUUGCUAGAAUUGCCCUGUUCAAGUGUCAGUGUAUCCUCUACUGCCUCAUUUGUCAAAUGUGUGUAGUGCUUUUAGUUUGGUAACUAUGAGCAGAACUUAGAAAUUUACACACAAGAAAAAUGUGACUUAUCAAACUAAUUUUUGACUGCCAGCUAUUUGUUCACCCAUAAAUUAAUGAUAAUAUUGGUGAUCAUCAGUAAUUUAUGACUGAGACUGGUUUGUCAAAUCAUGGAAUGUAUUUUUUUUAUUCCUCCCCAGUGGGGAAAUGUCACAAUUGAUGCGUGAAUUCAUUUUUCAAAAUGUAUCAUGUCCAUUUUUAACCUUUUGCACUUGCCAAACACGAGCAGAUUUCUCAAUUUUGUUUUUUGGGUGGUGUUUAUAUGCAUGGUUAGGGUUAUACAGAGAUUACCUUUCUCACAGAAAUAUAAAUGGUUUGUGUUGAUGCGUGCAUGCCCAGUGCAAGGGUGAUUUGAAUGAAGCCCUAGAUACAUAUUCUUCUGAUUUAUUUCACAAGUAUUACAUACAUCACUCAUCAGUUAUUGCUUGUCCAGGCCCCAGUGGUCCAGAGCCUAUCCUGGGAGCGAAGGGCACAAGGCCAGUUAGAAUAUACCCUAGGAGGGACACAUAUGCACACAAAAGACAAUGUAGAGUAAUCAAUAUACCUGAAUCAUGUUUGUGGAUGGUGGGAGGAAACCAGAGCAUUUGGAGAAAAAUCAUGCAAACACCGUGCAGACUGAGCCAAAAUCAAGGCUGCUACAAAACAGCCAGCUGCAUUACCUGCUGUGCCUCCCUUAAUCAUCAUAGUAGAAUAGUAAAAUCACAUCAAGAAUGUGAUUGGAAAUUUACGAGAAGAUAUGGAUUAAUCUCAAAUUAUUCUAGAGUGAUUUAUGUAUUAGAUUUGUUUCAAUAUUUGAACAUUUCUCAGUAGUACAUAUUUUCCUUUUCUCUUUUGUAGGUAGACUCUCAGAAUUAAUUUUUAUUGUCCUAAACAGGAACAAAAGUUUCCUUUACAUCACUUACCAGGAGUUGGUAUUAUUCUGAGAUUACAGACGGCACAUAAAAUGGAACAGGCCUUAACACUUACUUUUUAAAUCUAGUUCACUUGCCUCUUCAAGAUUUAGUCUUCAAGACCUAUUUUUUGUGUAUUUCAAAUGGUUAGGCUUUGGAAAAGUUACCACCUUGUGUUUAAUCUGAGGAACUGCUCUGCUGGUUAUUCUUCAUAAGAAGCUGUACUGUACCUUUUACUAUUGAGGUUAUUUGAAUCAGGGUGAUUUUUAAAAAAAAAAAAAAA